AACAACUCGACUUCCGUCGAAGCAGCAGCACACAGAGGAGCUUUCCCUCUCCUCCACUCUCCCCCCUUCCCAACCCACCCCCCCGCCAUUUCUUCCCUCUUCAUUACUUCUUCUCUCCAUCCCAUCUAUCAUUAAACAAUUUCCAGAUCUAACAUCCCCUUUUUUCGAUCGAGACUAUCUUCAACGCGAUGAAGAUUGGGGAAUAUGCUGAUAAUAGCAGCAAGAGGCGACUGCAGAACCGGAGAGCGAUGCAGUACAUCGCCAAAGGCACGGCGGAGGGAGUAGUUAGAGAAAAUUCGCCUUCCUGUCGGCACCCAGUAUCAUCUCUUUCCUCAUCGGAACAUUUUUUUAGUAAGAUCUCUCGGAAGAAAUACUUUUCUCCUUAUUUGUCGGAGGAAGCCGCGGAAGCUGCCGUUGUGAGGGGGAACGCAUUCAAAGCCACCUUCCGGGUGAAUGCUUACAACCGCCUGGAAGCCUAUUGCACCAUCAAAGGUGUACCCAUCGAUGUUCUCAUAAAUGGAGUUGAAGCGCAAAACAGGGCUAUUGAAGGUGACGUGGUUGCAGUAGCGUUGGAUCCUGUGACUAAAUGGACUAGGUUUAAAGGAGCAAGUGCAAAUGGGUCGCUUAAUUCCAUUCCGGCUAAUGAACCUUGCAGUAACAGUGGUAGGCCCGAUGGAAGUGAUGUUCUUCUACAGAAUAGCUCUGACGCAAACUCAUCAACAGAACCGGAGGAGGUUAAACAAUCUUUGGCGAGAAUUUGUUCCAUGGUAACUUGUAACCCUCUGAAACGACCUACAGGGAGAGUCCUGGCAAUUUUGAAAAGCUCUCCUAAAAGGGCUUCUGUUACUGGUUUUUUUUCUUUGAAGCAAUCUCACGAGGACGUUGAAGGUUUGGUAAGCUUGGUUAAGGGUCAUUUUUUUAAGAAAAACGAAGAGGAAUGGAUACAGUUGAUGCACACAGAUCAUAGAUUUCCGAAAAUGAUGGUCAGUGUUAGAACUCUUCCUGAGAGUAUAAAAGAACGGGUGAAGGCUGGUGAUGUUACAGUAGAAAGGGAACUGGUUGCUGCAGAGAUUUAUGAUUGGAAUGAGGAAACUCAAUACCCUCAUGCCCGGGUCAUAGAUGUUUUCGGCAGGGGUGGGGAAAUUGAACCACGAAUAGCUGCUAUUUUGUUUGAGAAUUCAAUCUGCGCAGCAAAAUAUUCUCCAAACUCAUUAGCCUGCCUUCCAGACAUGCCAUGGAAGAUCCCUGAUGAUGAGUUUAAAAGCAGGAAGGAUCUUAGAAAAGUCUGUUCUUUUACUAUUGAUCCUUCUUCUGCUAUUGACCUUGAUGAUGCUUUAUCAGUGGAAAUAUUGUCUGGUGAAGUACUUCGGAUUGGAGUUCAUAUUGCAGAUGUUUCAUACUUUGUUCUUCCUGAUACAACUUUAGAUGCUGAAGCUCAAGCAAGGUCUACAAGUGUUUAUGUAUUACAGCACAAGUUGCCAAUGUUGCCUCCAUAUCUUUCCGAAGAAUUGUGCUCACUUUUGCCAGGUGAAGAUAGACUUACCUUUUCUAUUAUUUGGGACAUCGAUCUUUCUGGAAAAAUUAUCAAUCGCUGGAUUGGGCGGUCCAUUAUUAAUUCUUGCUGCAAACUAUCAUAUGAUUUUGUUCAGGCUGUAAUUGAUAAAUCAUUUGAUUUUGAUGAGCAUAUUCCUUCCUCCAGUACAGGCACUAAGUUAUAUGGCGACUUUACUUUCAAGGAUGUCAUUGAAUCUCUUAGAAUUCUAUAUGAAAUUUCCAGCAGGCUCCGAAAAACCAGGUUUAAUGGUGGUGCUCUUCACCUUGAAACCAUUAAAACUGGUUUCUUGUUUGAUGAGUAUGGGAUACCAUAUGAUAGUAUGAUAUGUAAGAGGAUGGAGUCCUGUUUUCUAGUUGAGGAAUUUAUGUUAUUGACAAAUAUGUCUGUGGCAGAGGUCAUUUCUCAAGCCUUUCCUGAUUCUUCAUUAUUACGUAGACAUCCAGAGCCAAAUUUAAGAAAGCUCAAGGAGUUUGAAACAUUUUGGGGUAAACAUGGCUUAGAGUUCGAUACUUCAUCUUCUGGUCAACUUCACCUUUCCCUUGUAAAAAUCAAGGAGGAAAUUAAAAAUGAUCCUGUUUUGUUUGAUAUUGUGGUCUCUUAUGCGUCAAAGCUCAUGCAGCCAGCAGUAUAUUUCUCCACUGGAGAUCUUAAAGAGAGUAAAAAUGAAUGGGCUCAUUAUUCUCUUAAUGUUCCCUUAUAUACUCAUUUCACAUCACCAAUUCGAAGGUAUCCUGAUAUUAUUGUACACCGUAUCUUAUCUGCUGUUCUACAUGCUGAGAAAAUGUAUCUAAAGCAAUGUGUAGACAGGCUAGAAUUAUCUGAAACUGAAAUUGUAAACACAUAUUUUACUGGACUACGCUUUAAUAAGAACUCUGCUGAAUCUAUAUAUGGUAGGGAAGCACUAUAUUCUUCUGCAUUGAAGUUCAAAAUACCGGAUGGCAAUGCUUUGGUAGAAAUUGCUGCACAUUGUAACGAAAAAAGUCUUGCUAGCCGACGAACUGAGGAAGCUAGUGAGAAAUUAUACCUGUGGGCUCUUAUGAAGAAGAAGGAGACCCCCUUAGUUACUGAAGCCAGAGUUUUGGCAUUGGGACCUAGGUUUAUGUCAAUUUACAUACCAUACUUUGGCAUGGAGCGGCGGAUAUAUUAUGAUGAAGUUGAUUGCCUGUGUGCUGAAUGGCUUGAAAUGACUGGUAAGUUGGUGCUGGAUUUGAUUAGGGGUAAGAUAGGCAAGAGGAGGAAUAACCUUGGGAAUUUCCGUCCCCUUGAAGAUGUUGUAUUAUUGACAUAUCCAUCAGCAUCAGAUCUUGAUGAAGAAAACACUGAAACAAUUAGUUUUGGACCAUGUUCUGCCAAUGUUAUCACUGAAAAAAGUAAGCUGGAGGAUGUUUUCUUUCCUCUGAUAUUGCAGAAUUUGUCGUAUGUCCCCGUUGCUCUCCAUGCCAUUGGUGGAGAUAAUGGUCCUGUAGAUAUAGGAGCUAAAUUAUUUGUGAGCUCAUACUUUAAUUAGUUGCCGGUGCUGUAGAAGUCUCUGGGCAUAGAAGCUGAUGUUGAAAUGAGGAUUUUUUUUUUUAAAUAUUGUUGAUCUUAGGCUGAAAACAAAGGAUGAUGGAACUUUUACCCACAGGAUUCCUGAACCAACAGCUCUUGAUUCAUUAACACUUAUUCUAGGUCUAACUCCCAUUCCUACCUCCUACAACAUUGAGCCCAAAUGAUACGCUGAUAACGGUGCAAAAAGUAAUAGCUAUCCCCAAAUGGAACUUAAUGAGAAUUAUUAUGAGAAGUUGUCCCGCGCAAACAACUGUAAAGAAACUUAUGCCAUUUUGGUAUUGCAUGUUCUUUUUGAUUUGUCCAGUUAACAUGGCUUGUGAUUGGGAAAAUAAUUGAGCAAAGACUGGUUUUAAAUAAAUUUGAUCUGUUUUGAGAUUAGUAUGUGGCACUCAGACUUAAACCAAGUUUAAUAAAUU